AUGCCCAACGCCAGCCAGACCGCUCCUUCCUCCUUCCUGCUGGUCGGGAUCCCGGGUCUCGAGGCCUUCCACGGCUGGCUCUCCGUCCCUUUCUGCUGCAUGUACCUCAUGGCCUUGCUGGGGAACGUCUCCAUCCUGCUGAUCGUGCAGUCUGACCCCGCCCUCCACCAGCCCAUGUUCCUCUUCCUCUGCAUCCUGGCCGCCACCGACCUGGGCCUCUCCACUUCCAUCGCCCCCAAGAUGCUGGCCAUCUUCUGGCUGGACGCCCGGGAGAUCGGCUUUGAGGCCUGCCUGGCGCAGAUGUUCUUCCUGCACGCCUUCACGGCCAUGGAGUCCGGGGUGCUGCUGGCCAUGGCCUUCGACCGCUUUGUGGCCAUCCGUGCCCCGCUGAGGUACGGGGCCAUCCUCACCCCCCGCCUCAUCGCGAAGGUGGCCCUGGCCCUGGCCGUGCGGGCCGUGGUGAUCGUCAUCCCCUUCCCGCUGCUGGUGAGGCGCUUCCGCCACUUCCGCUCCAACGUGAUUGCCCACUGCUACUGCGAGCACAUGGCCCUGGUGAAGCUCGUCCGCGGGGACACCACGGCUAACAACCUCUACGGGCUGAUCCUCUCGCUCUCCGUGUCCGGCCUGGACCUCGCGGGCAUCUCUUCCUCUUACGCCCUGAUCCUCCAGACUGUAUGGAGGCUGCCGUCCCGGGAGGCCCAGCGCAAGGCCUUCGGCACGUGCGGCUCCCACAUCAGCAUCAUCCUCGUCUUCUACAUCCCAGGGCUCUUCUCUUACUUGACUCACCGCUUCGGCCACCGCGUCCCACAGCCGGUCCACAUCAUCCUCUCCAUCCUCUACCUCCUGGUCCCCCCCAUGCUCAACCCACUGGUCUACGGGGCCAAGACCAAGCAGAUCCGAACCAGGCUGCUGAAACUCUUCUUCCUUGCAAAGGGGGGGCCCUGA